AUAGAUUCGUUUCGAAUUUUGCUAUAAAAAGAGCGCCCCUCAAGAUUUUUCCUUUUUUUUUUUUAUUUAUCAUUUUAAUACAUUUGAUUAUACUAUAAAACAUGCCCCUCUUUGAUCACUUUGCCGAACAACACGAAGAAGUUAUCAACGCGGGACAUAAAGCUAAACUUAGCCACGAACUCAUUGCUGCUGCUGCUUCUUAUGAAGCCGCCAAAGCUUACGAGGAACACUGUGAACGUGAAGGCAAACCCGUUGCACACGCCAAGGCCAAGCAACUCCUUGCUGCUUUCACUGGUGCUGCUCUUGACAAGCUUGUUGAAACCAAGGGUUUGGACUUCAUUGACAAACAAAAGGCCAAGCGUCACGCUGAAGAACAACUCUCCUCCCACUACGAUUCCGAAUAUCAAUAAAUGUAUUGAUUGGUUAUCACGUUGUACCUUUUUGUAUAUUCCCCUGUCCAAUCCAUUAUUCUCUUAGUUUAGUAAAUAUUGUCACUGUAUAACAAAGAAGAAUAAAAAAAAAAAUAAAAAAAAAAUACUCUUUGGAGUUAUUUUUUUUUUUUUGUAUAUUAAUAUUAA